AAAGAUGGCGGCUGUGGGCAAUGCGCUACCUUGCGGCGCCCGGCCUUGUGGGGCUCGGCCUGGCGGACAGCCCAAGCCUGUGCCACAGCCUCGCACGCUCCUUGCCGCCGGGCCGGCGCUCAUAGAGAAUGGCGACGAACUGGUCUCCGCCGUGUGGCCAUACCGGCGACUGUCGCUACUGCGGCGCCUCACGGUGCUGCCGUUCGCCGGGCUGCUCUAUCCGGCCUGGCUGGGCGCCUCGGCCGCCGGCUGCUGGGGCUGGGGCAGCAGCUGGGCGGAGAUCCCCGAGGCUGCGCUGUUCGCGCUUGCUACUAUCUGCCUCGCGCACGCGCUCACCGUCCUCUCGGGGCAUUGGUCCGUGCACGCUCACUGCGCGCUCACCUGCACCCCGGAAUAUGAUCCCAGCAAAGCGACCUUCGUGAAGGUGGUCCCGACCCCCAACAAUGGCUCCACUGAGCUCGUGGCCCUGCACCGAGAUGAGGGCGAAGAUGGGCAGGAAGUGCUGUCCUUUGAAUUCCAGAAGAUCAAGUAUUCCUAUGAUGCCCAGGAGAAGAAGCGCUUCCUCCCCGUGGCCUUUCCUGUGAGAAACACCUUCUCUUACUACCAGAGCAGUAGAGGGUUUCAGGAGGACUCAGAGAUCCGAGCAGCAGAGAAGAAGUUUGGGAGUAACAAGGCCGAGAUGGUGGUGCCUGACUUCUCAGAGCUGUUCAAGGAGAGAGCCACAGCACCUUUCUUUGUGUUCCAGGUGUUCUGCGUGGGGCUCUGGUGCCUAGAUGAGUACUGGUACUACAGCGUCUUCACGCUCUCCAUGCUGGUGGCCUUCGAGGCCUCCCUGGUGCAGCAGCAGAUGCGCAACAUGUCCGAGAUCCGGAAGAUGGGCAACAAGCCCCAUACAAUCCAGGUCUACCGAAGCCGCAAGUGGAGACCCAUCGCCAGUGACGAGAUUGUUCCUGGGGACAUUGUCUCCAUUGGUCGCUCACCGCAGGAUAACCUGGUACCAUGCGAUGUGCUGCUGCUUCGGGGCCGCUGCAUUGUGGACGAGGCCAUGCUUACAGGGGAGUCAGUGCCACAGAUGAAGGAGCCCAUUGAAGAUCUCAGCUCUGACCGGGUGCUGGACCUGCAGGCCGACUCCCGGCUCCAUGUCAUCUUUGGGGGCACCAAGGUGGUGCAACACAUCCCCCCACAGAAGGCCACAACAGGCCUGAAGCCGGUUGACAGUGGGUGUGUGGCCUAUGUCCUAAGGACUGGAUUCAACACAUCUCAGGGUAAGCUGCUACGCACAAUCCUCUUUGGGGUCAAGAGAGUGACUGCAAACAACCUGGAGACCUUCGUCUUCAUCCUCUUUCUCCUUGUCUUUGCCAUCGCGGCAGCUGCCUAUGUAUGGAUUGAAGGCACCAAGGAUCCCAGCCGGAACCGCUAUAAGCUAUUUCUGGAAUGCACACUGAUCCUCACAUCAGUAGUGCCCCCUGAACUGCCCAUCGAGUUGUCUUUGGCUGUCAACACCUCUCUCAUCGCCCUGGCCAAGCUCUACAUGUACUGUACAGAACCCUUCCGGAUUCCCUUCGCCGGCAAGGUGGAAGUGUGCUGCUUCGACAAGACAGGGACCUUGACCAGCGACAGCCUGGUGGUGCGUGGUGUGGCUGGACUCAGAGAUGGAAAGGAGGUGACUCCCGUGUCCAACAUCCCUGUAGAAACCCACCGGGCCCUGGCCUCAUGCCACUCCCUAAUGCAGCUGGAUGAUGGCACCUUGGUGGGUGACCCCCUGGAGAAGGCCAUGCUGACAGCCGUGGACUGGACACUGACUAAAGAUGAGAAAGUAUUCCCCCGAAGUAUUAAAACUCAGGGGCUGAAAAUUCACCAGCGCUUUCAUUUUGCCAGUGCCCUAAAGCGAAUGUCCGUGCUCGCCUCCUAUGAGAAGCUGGGCUCCACUGACCUCUGCUACAUCGCGGCUGUGAAGGGGGCCCCUGAAACCCUGCACUCUAUGUUCGCCCAGUGCCCACCCAACUAUCACCACAUCCACACGGAGAUUUCCCGGGAAGGAGCCCGCGUCUUGGCUCUAGGGUACAAGGAGCUGGGGCAUCUCACCCACCAGCAGGCCCGGGAGCUCAAGCGGGAGGCCUUGGAGUGCAACCUCAAGUUCGUCGGCUUCAUUGUGGUCUCCUGCCCACUCAAGGCUGAUUCUAAGGCUGUAAUCCGGGAGAUCCAGAAUGCCUCCCACCGGGUGGUCAUGAUCACCGGUGACAACCCACUCACUGCCUGCCAUGUGGCCCAGGAACUACACUUCAUUGAAAAGGCACACACGCUGAUCCUGCAGCCUCCCACGGAGAAAGGUCGACCUUGCAAGUGGUGCUCCAUCGACGGCAGCAUCGUGCUACCCCUGGUCCAAGGCUCCCCAAAGGCACUGGCCCUAGAGCAUGCCCUAUGCCUCACGGGCGAUGGCUUGGCCCACCUGCAGGCCAAGGAUCCCCAGCAGCUGCUACGCCUCAUCCCCCAUGUGCAAGUGUUUGCUCGCGUGGCCCCCAAACAGAAGGAGUUUGUUAUCACCAGCCUGAAGGAGCUGGGCUACGUGACUCUCAUGUGUGGGGACGGCACCAAUGACGUGGGUGCCCUGAAGCACGCCGACGUGGGUGUGGCACUCCUGGCCAAUGCCCCGGAGCGGGUUGUCGAGCGGAAGCGGCGGCCCCGAGACAGCCCCGUCCUGAGCAACAGCAAUGUCAGGGCCACUUCCAGGGCAGCCAAGCAGAGGUUGGGGUUCCCACCCCCAGAGGAGCAUCCCACCUCCCAGAGGGACCGCCUAAGCCAGGUGCUACGGGACCUCGAGGAUGAGAGCACACCCAUCGUGAAGCUGGGGGACGCCAGCAUCGCGGCGCCUUUCACCUCCAAGCUCUCAUCCAUUCAGUGCAUCUGCCACGUGAUCAAGCAGGGCCGAUGCACGCUCGUAACCACACUACAGAUGUUCAAGAUACUGGCGCUCAAUGCCCUCAUCCUGGCCUACAGUCAGAGUGUCCUCUACCUGGAGGGUGUCAAGUUCAGCGACUUCCAGGCCACACUGCAGGGGCUGCUGCUAGCUGGCUGCUUCCUCUUCAUCUCCCGCUCCAAGCCCCUCAAGACCCUGUCCCGAGAGCGGCCCCUGCCCAACAUCUUCAACCUGUACACCAUCCUCACAGUCCUGCUCCAGUUCUGCGUACACUUCCUAAGUCUUGUCUACCUAUACAGCGAGGCCCAGGCCCGGAGCCCUGAUAAGCAGGAACAGUUUGUGGACCUCUACAAGGAGUUUGAGCCAAGCCUGGUCAACAGCACUGUGUAUAUCAUGGCCAUGGCCAUGCAGAUGGCCACCUUUGCCAUCAACUACAAGGGCCCACCCUUCAUGGAGAGCCUGCCUGAGAACAAGCCUCUGGUGUGGAGCCUGGCUGUGUCACUCCUAGCCAUUAUAGGCCUGCUCCUCGGUUCCUCACCUGACUUCAACAGCCAGUUUGGCCUUGUGGACAUCCCUGUGGAGUUCAAGCUGGUCAUCGCCCAGGUCCUGAUCCUUGACUUCUGUCUGGCACUCCUGGCCGACCGCGUCCUGCAGUUCUUCCUGGGGACCCCAAAGCUGAAAGUGCCUUCCUGAGACAGCAGUGCCAGCACCCACUGCCCACCCUGCUACUGCCGGGCAGGGGCCCCAUGUGGGCCCCAGGAGGGAACACUGCCCGUACUGCAAGGCCGGCCCAGCCUUGCCCACCAGGACUGAGCUGGAACCCCCACCCCCCACCCCAUGGCCAUCUACGGGCCUGGCUGACAGAACCAGCCCCCAGCCCAGCACCUUUGGUAAAUAAAACAGCACCCACAAUUUUAAAAA